AUGGAGUCUCGCAAGGUUCGGGCCUCGAAGCUAAAGUUGCUCGGGAAAGAGGAAGGCUCUCAUCCGAGUGUGUUGGAGCGAUUGUCCGGUUUAUUCCCGCGACACUCCUCAGCGCCCACAGCAAAUCCUGCGCCAGAAGAGAAGCAAGCCCAGUUUGAUCAUGCGUUGAAGAUUCAGAUUAUUAGCUGGAACAUGAAUGAUACCCUACCAAAGGGCGAUCUCGCCGCGCUAUUGGGUGCAGUCCCCCCUUACGGCUCUGACUCUCCAAAUCCUACCGCCUCGGAUUUUCAGCUUGAUGAUACAGGCCAUCCAUAUCAUAUCAUUGUUAUAGCUGGGCAAGAAUGUCCUACAGGGUUGUUGCCUAUGGGAAUGGGUGCUGUAAAGAUGGAGAGAUCCAAGGAUAUCAAAGCCAAGAGCAAGGAAGAGGAUGGCUCGCCCAACAAGCACAAGAAACCACGUCGAAGUGAAGAGGAAGAACUGCAACCUCUCAACGAACUUCCUCCUGUGAAAGACGCCCCGCCCUUAACACCCACUGUUCAAGGUGCAGGCCUCCCUCACACAGGCCAAAUUCAACAUUCGUCCGGCUGGAUUGGGAGCAAAACGGUUUUCUCUCGAAGACUGGCAGAUGCCCACUUCUCCUGUGAUGGCCGCUCCCCAUCCCCCGUUCCUUCAAGAUCUCCUUCGUUACCAGCCCUUCCGCUUCCGCCAGCUAUUCCUGACCCGGCCAAGUUGACUGUUCCACCUUCUCCUCGUCGGAUGAGUACUCUUAUUCAUGGGCACCCCCUCUCCAAUCAUUCCAAUGGACAUGCAAUUUCUCCAACCGAACAAGGCCCGUAUACGCUCGUUGCAAAAGAGAGGCUAAUGGGGAUAUACAUGGCCGUGUAUGUCCAUCGUGAGACGCGAUCACUUGUCAGAGGUUUUUCCAAGUCGUCUGUUACUGCCGGUUUGAUUGGUGGGAGGUUAGGCAACAAGGGCGGCGUGGGAAUUAGCUUGAACGUUGCAGGCUCUUCUUUCUUGUUUGUUAAUGCACACUUGGCUGCACACGAGGGGCGUCAAGCAAUGCGUAUUGAGAAUAUGGAAAAAAUCCAGGCUGAACUUAAACUAGACAAUUUUGGGGAGCAUCCGCAUCCAAGGAAACCUAUACCCGAUUUCACAAAAACAGAUAUCACAAACGCAUUUGAUUAUACAUUUAUAUUUGGAGAUCUUAAUUUUCGGUUAAGUGUCUCGCGGCUGCAUGCCGACUGGCUGAUUUCGAGACAAGACUACCACCAAGCCCAAGAAUUCGAUGAAUUACGCACGAAUAUGCGCUCAAACAAGAUCUUUCCUGGUUUUGAGGAACCAGAGAUUAGAUUUCCGCCCACGUUCAAGUACGACGUCCCAAAAAGUCGCCAUCACCACUCACGCAGGCAAAAGGAGGGCCGGGACAAGAGCGGAAAAGUGAGUGGAAUGGGCGGUGUACGUGUCUCGAUCAGACGCUCCAGGAAGCGGAGGAAGAGCAGAGGAAAAAUUAAGGGGGUAGCAAGAGAGGCGAACGGAAAUACUGACGAAGGCGAGGACGAGAAGGUUUCUGGACCACAGACAUUACAACCAGUCAAUGAACGAGAAACGGAGGUAUCAUCGAUUGGCGAAGAUGAUUCUGACAUGGAACGAGACCAGGAGCAAGACCAAGAGCUUGAUUCUGUUUCGGCGUUUUCCGCUGUUGCCCGCCCAUCAGGCUCCACUAAUCGCCCGCCCUCGACUCGUUCGCAUCGCUCAGGAAUCCCAUCUACUCGUUCCCCUUUCUCGGAGCCGGACACAGAGCUCCACGACGAUGACGAGAAUGAUACCGCUUGUGAGGAUGGAGAGGAUACCAGUCUGCAUCACAACACCCAAUUGAAUGCCGGAAAUGCUCCUGGUCGUAAUGCAGUACUAAAGAUUUUCACUCGGAACGCUAGGCAAAGUUGGCGUGCGAUCGUUGCCAAAUCUACGUCUUCUCUAGGAGCGGUUAAUAUUCCUAAAUCCCCAACAAGUCCCAUAUUCGACUCUCGGCCUAGGGCCAAAUCACCAUCCAAGAGCGAGCGGCCCGCAUACUGCCUCUGGUUUGAGUACGCCGACGGCUGGGGUGGCCAUGGGAAGGAGUCAGCCAAUUUGGUGCUCGAUACGAGUAUGGCUGAGCCUGCAGAAGAGCUGAAGCCGAGGGCGAGCGUUGAUGGUAAUAGAAACGUGACGGGUGCACUAGGCAUCGCUGGAAUGGGUGGCACCCUUGCUCCUCCACCCAUGAUUCGGGCAAACUCUAGUGUUGGAUCUACAGCGGGCAAUUCUUUAAAUGCUCAGACCGAAGAUUCUUCAGAUUCGGAAAAUGUGCGUGGAGUAUACGAUACAUCGAGCAAGCAGCGAGUACCAAGCUGGUGUGAUCGUAUUGUGUACAAGUCCAUGGUUCUCCCUCCCCAACCACCCCCUUCCCUUCCUGUUCCUACAUUUAGCGCUUCCUUGGCCGACACACUGCAUGAAGAUAAUCGAUUUGGUCGUGUUGGAAAUCUCUUUACAGGGAUCAGGCAUCUGGGCACUCGAGGGCGAAAAGAUUCGCUACCACAACCCAACUCGCGCGAAAACACUCAGGGUUCUCUCUCACGCACAGGUUCUCUCCGCUUGAAGGAAGCCGGUUCCAAGACAAACUCUAACUAUGUCCGUACAAGGGAAGCUCAUCUCUCUGAAUCCAGAGCAAGUCCAUUCUUGCAACAACCAGGAGAUGGCGAUGACAGUGGCAUUGUGAUCAUGCAUGGAAACUCUUCCAGACCGGGCAGUUCAGGGAGGCUCGACCGGGACGGCCAACGGAGACGCGCCGGCCUCGUUGCACUGGCCCCGUACCAAUCCAUUCGCGCGUCUCUUGCACCACAUCAUCAUCAUACACCGGGCGGUCCCGGUCUGAUUCAUGCCGUAUCGAUGGAACCUCAACCUCAGCCCACUGCCGAGCCUGGUCCAAUACCUCGGCCACGAUCGUUCUCUACGUCCGAGGGGCGGGAGAAACUUCAUGAAAGGGCUGGGUCGGGUCCUAGGACACCUCGUCAAUCGGAUAGUGAUGCCGAUAAUAUCCCAGUUCCGCCCUCCAAGGACGAUGGGAUCUGGCGCUUCUUUAGAUCGUUCAACCGAGAGCCGACGGUUGUCGUAGCUGAGCCUGAACCUGAACCUGAACCCGUAGAAAAGCCAGAGACCAGGCGGAGAGGUGACAUUGUUUGUCUUUCAUAUGGAACGUUGGACGACAGAGAGAUGCAGAGAUUAGGAGGUCGCAGCGAUCAUAGGCCGGUUAUUGGGACGUAUGCUGUGUACAUUUAA